CGAGCUUUCUGUCAACAGGGAGGUCACCACGUACAUCCCUGCUCAUAAGCGCAAAGACGGCGACGAAAUGAUUCCAAAAGUGCCGCCGGAAGCAAUCGAUUUGCAUCCAUUCUUCUUCAACCCUUCUGCCCUGUCGAAGGUCAUUCACUGCGUUGCGCCUGGGAUUGUAGCAGUACGUGGUGCGCUUCGAGGCCUGGGUUACAUCGCCACCCGAAGUCAUUGUCAGGCUGGCAGUAUCAAGACCGACGCCCCAUGGAGUGAUAUCUGGCGAGUUAUGCGGGAGUGGGUUCGACAGAAGCAGCCUAUCAAGGAAGGUGCCCUCAAAGAGACGCAAGCUGGCUGGAAGAUUUUGAAUUCUGCUCAGGCAAAGGACGAGAUUACCACCAAGGAUGAGCCACGCAGCGAUGAUGCUUCACCCGAUAUUGUCACUGUAGGCCAGCGGCAGAAUGAUGGCGCUGACCCGUCACAAAAGAAAAUCAUCUUCAAUGAGUUGCUGGGCAAAGACGCAUCGACCAAGAAGCUCGUGCGAUACCAGCAGAACCCUAGAGAGAACUGGGGCCCAAUGACCAAGGCUAAAGGAAGUGGAUGAACGCCGGUCGUAUACACGGCUUCGCUAUUCAUGCGACAUCGCUUGCGGAGGAACUCAGUAUCCCAAAUGAUCCUGGUUCGCUAGAGGACCUGCGACCUGCACUCGUCUUCCUGCAGUUUAAUUGCAGCGAGUCUCCUCGCGUUUUUACAUUGAAAGAUUUCAAAGACUCAGUGAUCCCCGGAGCGUGCCGCGCCCAUAGAUCAAGCCACCUCAGCGUGCAUGUACGAUCUCAAAAGUUCUAUUUCACCCGGAUUAACCCACCAGCCACCGAAACACUAGCGGUCGCUUCAACCGCCUUCAGGCUUGAAGCACGCUGCGUGGCAGUCAUGGGGCUUCAAGCCAGGUAUGGUUCUGGAGUCUCACCGUCUGCUCGGAAAGUGUGCACGCGUGCAUCACAGAGAGUAAAGGUGCGAUGGCCGCUCCGACAUUGUCAGUGUGUCCGAUUUGCUAAGGAGGGCUAUUGCGACAUCCAUGCCGUCUUGAUAGUGACAUCCAAGCACAUGAAUCAACCGUGCAGAGAGGGAUGAUUCGAACAAUUGUGGUGUAGACGCGUUGAACCGGCUUGGACUGUCGGUGGAUUGGCUAGCACUGAGGGUAUCACGGUGGAUUUUCAGGCGGUUCGAGUUGCACGAAGGGUUUGAAGAGCAUGACACUGCAUACUAUGUGUUACGAAGGCGUCGUUCAUCUAAAAACGAGUGUUCUCACAGGAUCUUCUCCAGACCGAGGCCUGUACGUAAAGACGUCCAGCUCCGGACUUCACCAAC